AUGGCAAGUCAGGCACCACAUCUUAACUACUAUAUCAAUGGGACUCCUUAUGAGUUUGGGUACUACCUUGCUGAUGGUAUUUACCCUAAGUGGGCGACGCUGGUGCAAUCUAUCAGACAACCUGAGAAUGAACAGGAGGAGUAUUUUUCCAUAAAACAGAAGGCGUACCGCAAGGAUGUUGAAAGGGCAUUUGGAAUUCUACAAGCACGAUAUGCAAUAGUUAGGCAACCUGCAAGAGGUUGGGAUAAUGAUUCAUUAUCGACAAUCAUGUUGGCUUGCAUAAUACUUCAUAACAUGAUUGUGAAGGAUGAGCGAGAUGACUACUAUAAUGAUGAGUCCGAUGAUGAUGAACCAAACUCAAAUAGGUCAAGGAGAGCUCGAGCAAAAAUAUAUGAUGGCCCAAACUUACCUCUUAAUCCAAGAACCGGACAAAUUACAAGGGCAGAAUACAUGUUUCGUUACCGGAUGGUACACUCUCAUAUUGGAAAUAGUACUCUACGAAAAGAUCUUGUCAAACAUGUUUGGUCAAGAAGAGGACGAGGAUGA